GCCAGUGCCAGCCGGCCACCGCCGCGGCCACACGCUCCCGCUCCGCCACGCACACCAGUUAGAGCCCCAUGGGCUGAACUGCGACGAGCGUCCGACGCGCGCGACACGACCACCGCCACGAGACUGAGUCGUGCUUCCGGAUAAUCCCGCCUGGGUGUCGAACACGGCUCUACUCGAAACCGGACUAACUGAACAACAACAACAAGGAAACUGUGCCAGCUGUUGGACACUGCUUCGUAGCCGCGGAUUGUCAGCAAGGCAAGGGCGCGCGAGCCGCAGCCGGCAGCAGCCGCCGGCGACCUUGUCAGAAGGCGCGGGACGCAGGCCGCGUCGCCGGCGCUGCGCGAGGCGCUGCACACGCUGCGCGACGCCUGGCCCGAGCCGCGCUCGCUGCUCAGCCGCUGUCGUACAGUAAGUCGGCCCUACGUGGCGUGCGAUCCCGUCUCUGAAAAAGCCGCGCCACCCGCGCCCCUGGAGCCCCCCGCGCCCCCCAGCAUGGAGCGCGCCGCCGCCGAGCUGCCGCCGCAGCCGGGCGCCUCGCCGGGCCUGCUGCGCCGUCGCUACUCCGUGCCCGAGACUAUCAUGAGAAAGUAUCGUCUCGCGCAGCAGCGGUCAGACUCCGAUGAGAGCGCCCUCCCGACAAACCGCACGGCGGCCUGCGCGUCACCAUUGCGCGACGCGGGCAGCUCGCCCACCGACACCCCGCAGCGGGGCGCGCGCCGCGACCGCGAGCUCAUGCGCAAGUCGGCGCUCAUGCGGCGCAUGUGGGGCCGGCCCUGCGACCCCUGCCGCAGCUGCUGCUGCUGCGGGGCCGAGCCCUACGAGCCCCCGCCCGGCGGCGGCCGCGAGACUCGCUCACUCGACGGCUCGCGCUCUGAGCUGCGUCAGCUCUCCAGCAGCUUUGCGUCCUCGCGCUACGCUCCCGCAGCUACUGCUGCCGGCUGGGCCACGCCUAAGCGACAGCGUUUGGACUCUUCUCGAGACUUCCGAGCAAGCGAUGAGAUGCUACGAGCCGCCAUGAGAAAUAGCUACGAUCGCGCCGAAGAAAUUCGCCAUGACCGCGUCAACAGGAAUGAAUUUUCAGACUCUACAUACCGUUCACAAGGCCAGGAGCCUUCGUCGUACUUGGAGUCAACGACAGAUAGGUUCACAGACAGUGAUUCUCCAAAAUGCGAAAGUAGGCAGUCGGCGGAUGCGGCCACUAUCGAAAUCAAAUCCGAUACAGCUGACGACCUCGAUGUGCCCACUGGCCCUGCAGUGCCUUCUGAGCCCUCAGUGCUCACAGAUGAGCGUACUCUCUCUGACUCCUCAGAAACGUACUCAGUAUCCUACCCUACGACUAAGGAUAGCAGUGUGGUCGCGAGAGCAGGGCACCGGGAAGAGAUUACUACGAGCGCCCACAUUGACGGCCGCAUCAGUGAGCGCUCCGCUAGUGUGCACCACGAUGACAACGAUGCAUUGCCAUACGAAAAACCAUUAAGUAUUCAAACACCUUCGUACGAAGUGUUAGAAAUUGUUGUAUCUGAAACAUUGAACGUCGGUUCAGUGCCAGCUAUCAGCAUGCAGCCUCAAGAAAAAUCUCAGGCUCAAACAUUAAAAGCGCCCAUUUCGAAUCAAAAACACGGACAGAAUAUUAAUAUUGAUGAAUAUGUUUCUAACAUUCUAGUUGAAAGUCUCAAUUCUUUAACUGACCAGUUAGAAUGUAUGAAUGCGUCAAUAGGUUGUGAUAGAAAAGUAAGUAUAGUGGAAAAGGAAAUUAAAGUAAAACUGCAGAACACGGGUGUCAAUACCAUUGUACAUUUGAGCCCCACGUCAAACAACCAAAUUAUAUUCGGCAACGAAGAGUUGUGCAACAACGAUGAGGCCAAAGACCCGUGUAACAAUCUGCAAGACGUGGUCACCAUCCGCGAGGAGCCGCACAGCGUGGAGUCCAACAACAACCUCGCGUCGGCGUCGGCGUCCGCGAGCUGCGCCUGCGACCCCUUCGACCUGGAGCACGACGCAGUCAACCAAGCUGUGCUACAACAGAUACAAAAACUGUUUCAGGACGAACUGCACAACCUCGACCCUAAGAUACAAUAUUCGAAUCCAACUUUGCCUGAAAUAUCUCACAUAGAAAUAUCCAACGUGACUGACGUGUUCAUUGAUAAUGAAAAUGAGAUAGCACUGGCAGGCAAAGAUACUGCGCAAGCACAGGUCACUUCAGAAUACGAAUUUAUUAGCGGCAUUGGCACUGGUAACUACUAUCCUAAUUACGAUGACAACCCUGUAGUGCCGCGCUUCUCGGCGUUCCCGCACACAGAUUCCAUGGAGGUGAACACGUCUUCGUCUGACGAUACGGACCUAAUGGGUUCAGACUGUACAAGUCUUGUCGACAGCCUCGAUGACCCUAAUUCGCCCAGGUCGGUUCUGUUACGAAAAGCUUAUACUAAUAGGCGCGGAGAAUUAGUCCGCUCUGCUAUAGAUGUCCUCGACUUGCUGCCUGAAAACGUGCACAGCGAGGAGGCUACCACACCCAAGGAUAAGGGCGAGUCGUUUUUCAUAAAAAUAAAAGAUGAUUAUGACUGUGAUAAAGAGAACGUAAAUGUCGCCGAUCGCAUGCCGGAGAAAAUUAAACAGAGGUUGUAUCGACGACACCGCAAACGAGAGCAGCGCCUGGAGAGCGCGCGGCGCACGCGCGGCAAGCAGCGCGACGUCGGGCGCAGGCACGAGCAGCCCGCCCGCGCGCGCCGGGACGCCGAGCGGGACUGCGUGGCCAUCGUCAACGCGCUCAUCGACGACGUCAUCACCAAGAUAGCGCAGGACGAGUACAAACACAUGCGCAUCAGACGCAGGCCCAGCAAAAUGGUCGCCUCCAAGUCUGAUGACAAUGUUACAAAGAGGACUUGGAAAACAGAACUAGAACCAAUUCAUGACAGAGACCCUUUUAAAUCAAUAAAGAAUAACAUUUCUAAAUACGACACGAUUCAUUUAGGGAAACAGAAAAGCGAACGACACCAGAUCCACGGUAAGCUGUCGUUGUUAACGCGACCUACGAUCGCGACUGACGACCGCGCCGCCAAAAGAAUAUAUCAAAAGUCAGAAAUUCACGAUGGAAAUAAAUGUAUUGAAAUAUUAGAAAUUUUAGAGUAUGUAAAUGGUUCGCAGAGUUCCUCAGAGACAACGAAUUCAGAUGAAAAUCAAAAUCUUACUUUAAGAAACAAAAAAUCCCGAAUCCCAAUACCAAUAUCUGAAAAAUUUCAAAGAUCUCCUCCGAAUACAGAUUCGCCAAAAAGUAAAAUUAGGCCUCUUUCCCUCCCACGUGCCACCGAACGUAACGGCAACACGAGUCAACUGAUUGCCAACAUGCUACUGGAGGCACUAGCCGACUCCUCGUCGUCAGCCAGCGCAGCUCCGCCCCCCACCCCCCGCCGCGCCUCCGUGCCCCACGCCGAGCCGCGCUCACGAUCCAACUCGCUGCGCUUUAAACAGACUUUUGAUAUCAUUCCUGAGGAGAGGAGCAGCCUUAGCCUGGACUCUGGCAACGAAGACCCCAACCACAACCGACGUGCGUCCGCUCCCGAUAUCGUGGAUCAGUGUCGCGAGUCUACCGACGUCGAGUGCGAUGACGCCCCCAGCCAAGUGACGCUGGCCGCUUGUGCUUCACCAAACAGGCUGAAACCCAACAGCGAUACAGUUCGGAGGUGCAGAGAAAUGAAAAGCGCCGGCACGUCUCCCAUCACUGACAGCGACUACGAUAAGCGAGCACUGCGGUCCAAGAACCAGACGACGAUGACAUCCCCGAGCAGCAAGUCGGCGGCCACCAGCCCCAUGCGGCGCGAGGCGGCCCCGCAGGCGCGCGCCUGGCCCGCCAAGCCGCGCGCCGCCGACGCAGGUAUCUCUCUGUCGGUCUCGUGCUCCCCGCCACUGCUGCCGCACCGCACCGCUUCCUCCGUGCCCAAAUUAGGUCAAAAACAGAGGACUCGCAGGUCAAUCAAUACGGAGUACGAGCAAGCAAAGGAAGCGUUGCGAGUCGAGCGAGCCGAGCGGGCCGCGCGAGCAGAGCAGGCCGAGCGAGCCGAGCGGGCUGCGCGAGCAGAGCAGGCCGAGCGUGUCGAGCACGACGAGCGGGCGGAGCGCGGCGAGCAGGCGCAGCGCGCCUCACGAGAGAGUCGCGAACAGCGUGCCCCGCGGAAGGUAUCGCGGCGCGCCGUGCCCGCUCGAUCGCGCUCUGUGGAACGUAGCAAUACGCAGGGAAGUGAAGAGCCUUCCGAACGGACCUCAGACGAUGCCAAGCACAAAUCCACUGAAAAGCGAGUUUUGAGGACAUUCUCGUUAGACCGGAGUGAUGAGGAUGCUAAACAAGCUCCAUUCGUGAAGCUUCCCGAGUUCCGAGGUGGCGGCGACCCCGGGGGUCCGUUCUCAAGUGACAGCAGCGAGUCGGGCGGCAGCUUGCUUUGUUCCCUGGCACCCAAGUGGUUGUCGCAGGGCCGGGCGCGGCGCGCAGCCCGCCGCCGCGACCAGGAGCGCGCCGGGCCCGCCUCGCCACCCCCCGCCGCCGCGCCAGUAGCUCACGCGCUCCCUUCUCAGUCUACCUUGGAUCCCUCGACAUGGUGCGGACUGCGGGUGUGUAUCAGCGUGGUGUGUGCAGGCGGCUGGUCCGUGACGGUGGCGGGGUCGUGCCGCGCCGCGCUGCCCGCCGACGUCGAGAUGCGCCUGCGCUUCCCGCACGAGCGCGACGCCGACCUGCCCUGUCAGGUGCGGCUUACAACACAACCUUACACACCACCUCUCUCUUUUGUUACUAUGGCAUGGCAGGAGUGCACGUGCCGGCACUGCGCGACGUGCGCGUGCUCGGCGCGGUGGCGCGCGGCCGAAGAGCGCGGGACCGCGCGCGGGGCCGAGCGCGCGCUGCCGCCCGCCGCGCCGCGCUCCCAGCGCGACUCCAGCAAGCUCACGCUCACCAUGAAGAAGGAGGCUCUUGACUCUUCUAUUCUUGCAUCAAAGACGUCGAAGAAGUCGGGCGAACCCCUGCCGGACGUGGAGACGUAUCGCGCGUCGCGCAGCAAGCUCAAGAGCUCCGUCAAGACGCGUCGGGGGUACUCCCUGCACUGCUGGCUGCCAGAAACCGAAGUCGAACCUCUCAGGCCGAGUAACGGGCUGUCGGUGCUGGGCAGCGCCAUCAUCCCGGAGCUGAAGCCGCGCGUGCCCACCAUGAGCGAGCGCGACCUGACGCGCGUCUACACGCCGCGCCACUACCUGCGCCACUACCUGCGCCUCUGAACCGACCUUAUUAAUAAAUUGUUCAUAUUUAUAGAAUAUAUGACUUUCAUUUGUCUGAAGUUCACCUACAUAGCGGAACGUUGAUCGUUGUAAAGCUAGUCGGAGACUAGCGAUCUACGAGAGCAACGAUCUGCUCCAAGUAUCCGUGUUCGAGUAUAGAGACAGAAUCCUUCCGAGUCGUUAUAAUAUUCCGAUAUUCCACAACUUUCACACAAUGUCAUCUAGCCAUCUGACAUUAUCUCAAACUUAGCAGAGCUUGUAUUACGAGUACUAGACAACUGAUAAACAUACAUUACUAAACCCCUACAAUCUACAUGUUAUAGAUAAAUUACCCCAGACACAGACCAAAUGAUCGUGCGCAUUACACAACCAUUUGUCCUGGGUGGGAAUCGAACCGACAGUAUUAUAAUAGUUAUAGCAGCGCUAUAUAAAGCUUUGGUGUCAUUGAUUUGACACACAUAUUCAGUUCUGUAAUUAACAUAUAUAUAUUAACAUUCAGUGAAUUAAUUAAAAAAUCUUAAUAUUUAAAAUCUUAAAAUAUUCUACUUUGAACAGCCUGUACCUACGACCUGAACCUGUGAUAAUACUAUGCCGCCAAAAGACCGAACAUAUCACAUGAGUGUCUCGAGUGGGGUCAGUUUCCCAGGGUGGAAGGCGGGGAGGCUGGUCAUAAGAUUAAUGAAUUUGCAAAACGACGACCAGUCAUUAGAAACGCGAGUGUGGAGGGUGGACUUUACCUAAACCAGCAAUAUAAGUAACACAUAAAAGGAAGUGAAAACAUUAUGUUCGCAUUCCUGUUCAAUAAUUUCUGCUUCUGUGGCAGAAAUCUGAUAGUUUGGUCUGAAAGCUAUGUUUGACUGUCUCGGUGCCCCUUAAUGCUGAAACCCACUUGAUUUCCCUAGUAAAAAACUAACAUCUGUUUUAAAUCACAAAAAGCGAUGAUCCGUGUUCCACUUUCAUAUUAUUUUACUUCCCUUAUCACUUAUUCAUUUAAGUUAGAAAUAAUAUAAGAUAACCGAUUAAUUGCUAUAAUGUCUUCAUCAGGCGUUAAUUUACAAUUUCGUACUGGGUUUAGGUGUUUAAUCCCAAUAGCUCUGCAACGGGAUCUGAGUCGUUUUUUCUCGCUAGGUCGACGGAAUUAAUUCCACGCAUAUCUUUAACAUGUAUACUCAUAAACAUAAAUUGCUUGUUAAUAAUAGGCAUACCUAGUUUGCAUUUUA